UCAGCUUCGUGAGUAGCUAGGAUUGCUGGCAUGAGCCACCCAGUGUGCUCGACUUCGGUUUAAUUUUUAAAAGUAACCUGCAGUACUUCGGUCUCAGAACAGUCAAUUGUCUAAGGAACUAGAUAUGUCAGAGGAAGCAGAGUGAGGAAAAAAGAUCAGUGAGCUUGAUUAGAGCUGACAAAAAUUUAUCCUGAUUCCACCAGCUAGCAGUGCUUGGGCCAGUUACUGGAUCAAGCCCACUGUCCUAGGUGUUCCCAUUUGUAAAUGCAAACUGACUUCCAUAUGGCCCUCCUGGGAAAAUCCUCAGAGCAGCGAGCCUGCUACCUGCAGCAAUGUGCUGUCCAGAGCCCCAGACUGUGUGCUCAGAUGAAAUUUCAGAAACUGGCGAUUGGGAGCUUUCUGGGCAAGGGCUCUAGGGUGGCAAAGUUCCUGAAGUAGGGGAAUGCAGUUUACCUGUCCCCAUUCAUCAGCCCAUGAUUGAAAACAAUCUGUGGGGUGCCCCAUCCUCCUUAGGUUGCAGUUGAUUGUGGUUGGCUAAGGCUGAGUUGUUUGGGAAACAGUCUUGCCAGCGUGAGUCAGCACGGUCCUGCAGGCUCUGUUGCAAUCUUGCUUACCAGAGAGAUAUAUCCCCAGGCGGCACCAUUCACUCGGCCUGAGCGCCACCGCUGUUGGUUCAGAGACUUUAUCAGAAGAUGGCUCCAGCCACCUCAGCCGGGGCAACUAGAGGCAGCUGGCUUUCCUCCGUGGCAGUGUUUUGAAACAGGCAAAAUCAGAAAGUAUUGGGGUGUCUACUAUGAAGUUCGCUGUGCCAGAUGCCACAGAUUUUAUCAUGUGGGCAACUUGCUGCAACUGGUUCUGCUUGGAUGGACAGCCUGAGGAGGUCCCCCCACCCCAGGGAGCCAGGACGCAAGCCUAUUCCAAUCCUGGGUACAGUUCCUUCCCCUCCCCAACAGGCUCGGAGCCAAGCUGCAAGGCCUGUGGGGCCAAUUUUGCAAGCACAGCCCGGAAGCAGACCUGCUUGGACUGUAAGAAAAAUUUCUGCAUGACCUGUUCGAGCCAGGAGGGGAAUGGGCCCCGCCUCUGCCUUCUCUGCCAACGGUUCCGAGCCACAGCAUUUCAGCGGGAGGAGCUCAUGAAGAUGAAGGUGAAGGAUCUCAGGGACUAUCUCAGCCUCCAUGACAUCUCCACUGAAAUGUGCCGGGAGAAAGAAGAGCUGGUGUUCUUGGUGCUUGGCCAGCAGCCUAUAAUCUCUGAGGAGGACAGGACUCGUGCCCCUGCCCUGUCCCCAGACUUCCCCGAGCAGCAGGCCUUCCUGAACCAGCCUCACACCAGCUCUGUACCUGCUACCUCACCCAGCCUCCCUUCUUCACCUGCACAGGCCACCUCUGUUCCCCCAGCCCAGGCUCAGGAAAACCAGGCCAAUGGCCAUGUGUCUCAGGACCACGAGGAUCCCAUCUACCCGCAGAGCACAGCCAGAGCACCUGCUGAGGAUGAGACCCAGUCCACUGACUCAGAGGAUGGCUUUAUCCCAGGCCGGAGGGCCUCUCUGUCUGACCUGACGCACCUGGAGGACAUCGAAGGCCUGACAGUCCGGCAGCUGAAAGAAAUCCUGGCUCGCAACUUUGUCAACUACAAGGGCUGCUGUGAGAAGUGGGAGCUGAUGGAGAGAGUGACCCGGUUAUACAAGGAUCAGAAAGGACUGCAGCACCUAGUGUGUGGUGCUGAAGACCAAAACGGAGCAGCAGUGCCAUCUGGCCUGGAAGAGAACCUAUGUAAGAUCUGCAUGGACUCACCUAUUGACUGUGUUCUGCUGGAGUGUGGCCACAUGGUGACCUGUACCAAGUGUGGCAAGCGCAUGAACGAGUGUCCUAUCUGCCGGCAGUAUGUGAUCCGAGCAGUGCAUGUCUUCCGGUCCUGAGGGCUCACACCAGCUUCUUCAGUGCCUUAUGGGAUACAGCCUAGGGUGUCUGGGUUCAGGGUGGUCAGCUUGUAUAGAGGCAGACUAUCAGAAGAAAUCUGCAGUGUUCCCAAGACCAGGGACAGCAAAGAUGCCGUGUCACCUCUUGGGCAUACCGAUCUUGCCAUGGGGGCAUGGCUCUUGAUGGGCAGAGCUCUGGGCCAUUGGGAACUGGUACAGAUACCCUGGGGAAGAGACCAUUUCAGUGACCCAUGAAGAGGGCAUUCCAGACCUUGGACCCAGAAUCCCUCUGAGAACCUAGGCAUGCUUCCUCCAAUGCCCUACUAAGCUCCCUGGGCACCUGCCUGCCUCACCAGUCAGAAGUCCUUCUAGAGGUGAUUCCCUUCCAGACAUUUGGACUUCAAUUUCUGGUCUCUGUACUUUAACAUACAUUUAAAGUCUCUUGAGACAAUGCUUAAAACCCACUUGUUUCUUUGGACCAAAAACAUGAACUUAUCAAACAGUGGUUCUUAGGAUUUGGAUCUUAGAAUUUGGAUCAGUAAACUUGUCAGUGGUGAAAAAUGAGACGAAAAGCCUCAGUUGUCAAGCAUUGCUUCCUUGAGUGCUGGUGUUGGAAACCUGACCCGCCACUGGGAACCAAUGAAGCUCUGGGCUCCCCAACUGCUGGGAAGUCCAGCCUCUGCAAGCCAGUGAUAGAUGAUCUCUGCUGCUGCUGCUUUUGGGGGGCUUUUUGCCCCAAAGUUAGAGGAAAGGAAGCACUGGGGAGGAGUGGCUUGCUGCUUGUCUUUGCCUUCUAAGCUCCUUUCCAACAGGUGAAAUGUUGAUCUCACUCUAGGCAAGGACUUGCUUUUCUCUAACUAGACUUAGGAAGUUCCUGGAGAAACAUUAAGGCUUGCAAAGUACUAAAUGAAGCUGGAUUCUGCCUGCUAGCAGCCAGCCAGAAAUUCCUGAUUUCAUUCCUUUCUCAGAUGACAGAUUUAGGGACAGUAGGCCAGAAUGAAGCCUUCUGUAGGCCCUUUAACCAUGAGUAGGUGAUGCUUCUGGGUCCUCUUAGGGUCUUUCUACCAUUGAAGUGAGGCUAUAUAGUUCACUGGAAAAGCUCAGCAAAGCACAAAACAUAUACUAUCAGCAAAGUUUACUCCCAUUCCCAGUGGAUAGACUGUGCAAACACUAACACUACAAAAGGCUUUGGUGGACCCCUGCCUCUCCCAUGCGCUGUGCAGUAGCUGAGAUGAGAAGAGCCUGUCAGGACUUGGGAAGGCAGAGCAAAACCUCUGAGAUCUUCUGGGAUGCUUAAGCUUUCUCUCCAACAUCAAACCCCAAAUACCUUUAGGGAUAGCUGUGAGCAGAACCCUGCUUCAUUUACCUCAACUCUUAGAGCAAAUCUAGAUGUCUAAUCAGAUAUCCCUCCAAAGACUCCACUUUUAGCCCCUCUGUUGGACAGUUAAGUACUAUAGUUUACAGUGCCUCCAGUUUAGCUAAGAAUUAUGCACUCAGCUACUCCUCAGUACACUGUGAAGCAAGGUCUAUGUAUGUAUAGCUCAGACUUAGCAAUAACUUCAAGGCAGACGUUGGAUCUCUCCUCCUUACAACUUGUUUUCUCUGCUGAGGCCUUACUUAAUUUCUUCCUAGAUAGGAACUGAAAAUAAUGUAGAUGGCUGGUUAGUAACCUUGGUGAGAAUUAGAACUGACAACACAACUCAUUUAAGGAACUUGCCUUCUAAAGUCUCAGCUUUAGGUUUCCAUUUUGUGAGAAAAAUGAUGUCAAACCACCUCAAUUUUAAGGGGGGGUAUGGUUUUUAUUACUCCAAAUAAAAACUGGGAGUCCAAGAUCCCAUUCCAGUUAGUCUCUAACCAAGUCAGAAAAUUAUUUUUUAUCCUUAAAUCCUCUCCUGUCUCUCAUGGAUCCUGGUCUUAAUUACACCUAAUUCUUCCAAUUAUUCUGUGGCUUUUGCUGUGAUUGCUCUGAGAUUUCAGUUGAGACUUGUUUUAAAGGACUUGGGACAGCUGAUUCACAAUACAUUGAAAUUGCUGGAUCCAAACUAAAAAUAAGCCGUGCAG